CAAAAGUUUGGGAAUAAUUUAAAAGGAAAGGAAGUCCCUCUUUUUUUCUGGCUUUAAAGACUCAUACACCAUUAUUACAAAAGCUAUGACAUCAGUACAAAUAUUAGCACCAAUUUCUGAUGCCGGCUCCCCCACAUCACAGGCAGAUAUCCUUACCAAGAAGGCACUUGACUUUGUAGUUUUACUUCAUAGAACCUUUGAUGGUAAAAGAAGGGAACUUCUUGCCAAUCGUGAAAAAGUUCAAAAGGAAAUCGACCAAGACUUGAGCCGUUUAGAUUUCAUUUCCAAGGAUAAAUUGGAUAUUAGUGGACAAGCAUGGAAGGGGGCCAUUCCUGCUCCUGGACUCGCAGACAGAAGAACAGAAAUCACUGGUCCUCCAGAACGUAAAAUGAUUGUUAAUGCAUUGAAUACUCCAGUUAAGACAUAUAUGGCUGAUUUUGAAGAUUCAACUUCCCCCACUUGGCAAAAUGUUCUUAAUGGACAAGUUAACUUGUAUGACGCCAUCCGCCAGCAAAUUGACUUUGAAACUCCUGCCAAGGCGUACAAGGUUAAUCGCGAGGGGAGACACGUUCCUGUCUUGAUUGUUAGACCAAGAGGCUGGCACAUGGUUGACAAGCAUAUUCUUGUUGAUGGCGAGCCUAUCAGUGGAUCAAUUCUUGACUUUGGGCUUUAUUUCUUCCAUAAUGCCCAUCAAUUGGUUGCUAAUGGAUUAGGACCAUAUUUCUAUCUUCCAAAGAUGCAACAUCAUUUGGAAGCCAGACUUUGGAAUGAUAUAUUUAAUGUUGCACAAGAUAUUUUGAGUAUUCCUAGAGGAACCAUCAGAGCCACCGUCUUGAUCGAAACAUUACCAGCUGCCUAUCAAAUGGAGGAAAUCAUCUAUGAAUUAAGAGACCAUUCAGCAGGUUUAAAUUGUGGUAGAUGGGAUUAUAUCUUUUCCACCAUCAAGACUUUGAAGAAUCAUCCACAAAAGAUUUUACCUGAUAGAAACCAAGUCACCAUGACAGUGCCAUUUAUGUCUUCAUACUGUAAACGUCUUAUCAACGUUUGUCAUCGUAGAGGUGUCCAUGCCAUGGGUGGGAUGGCAGCACAAAUCCCAAUCAAAACCGACCCUGAGGCCAAUGAACGAGCAAUGGCCAAAGUUGCCGCUGAUAAGCUUAGAGAAGUGACCAUGCAUUAUGACGGGACUUGGGUAGCACAUCCAGCGUUAGCCCCAAUUGCCAACGAUAUUUUUAACACUCAUAUGCCAACACCUAACCAAAUGUUUAUCAUUCCUGAACAAUCGGUACAAGCACAAGAUUUGUCCAAUACUUCAAUUGAUGGUGGUAUGGUCACAGUUGAAGGCAUCAGACAAAAUGUAUACAUUGCCUUGUGUUACAUGGAGUCAUGGAUCCGUGGGGUUGGAUGUGUUCCAAUCAAUCAUCUUAUGGAAGAUGCUGCCACUGCUGAAGUUUCUAGAUUGAUGAUUUACUCUUGGGUGAAACACAAUGUUCAAUUAGGAGACCAAUCUGGCAAUGUUACCCCAGAACUUACCGCCAAGAUUUUGGAAGAAGAAACUGCCAAAUUAGUUGCCAAUUCCAAGGAGGGAAACAAAUUUGAAUUGGCUGCAAAAUAUUUACUCCCAGAAUUUAGAGGUGAACAAAUCAGUGAUUUCUUGACCACAUUAGUCUACGAUGAGAUUGUUGAAGUUGGAGAGCCAAUUGAUUUGGCUUCAUUGAGAGAAUGAAUGGGGCUGGGGGUAUAGAAAUAGAUAGAGAAGAAAUAAUAAGAAAUACAUUAGAAA